AUGAGCGAUUCACAAACAACUCAUGAUAAUAAUAAUAAAGAAGUUGAACCAAAUGAACCAAUUACUAUAGUAAUUAGUAAUAAUGGGGCAGAUAAGAGUUUACCACCAAUUUCACAAAAACCUCAAUUGUUUUUAAAUAACAACAACAACAAUGAUGAAGACAGUAAUACCAAUACCAACACUACAACUACACCAAGAAGUGAUACACAUGAUUUACCAACGAUUAACAACAACAACAACAAUAAUAAUAAUGGUAUAACGGAUGAGGAAGAAACAUCACCAAUCGGAUCAUACCCAACUAGUUGGAUGGAGUUAAAAAGUAAAAUGAGUCAAGUUGAUAACUCUGAUUUAAAACGUGGUAGUAUUUUAAUUGAACAUUUAUCAGAAUAUAAUAAAAUAGCUUCAUCACAAGUUUUACAUGAAGAAAUUAUACAACCAACUAAUAAUAAUAAUAAUAAUAAUAAUAAUAAUAAUAAUAAUAAUAAUAAUAAUAAUAAUAAUAAUAAUAAUAAUAAUAAUAAUAAUAAUAAUAAUAAUAAUAAUAAUAAUAAACAGCAAAUGACAAAUAUAAAUAUAAAUACAAAUACAAUACCACUUUCAACAAGAAUACCACCUCCACCACCAACAGUGAAAACAACUACAAUAAAUAUUAAUAAUAAUACACCAGCCGCUACAACCACAACUACUACUACAACUACAACACCAACACCAACACCAAUACCAACACCAACACCAACAACAAAUAUAACAACAACAUCAUUAACACAAGCAAAUUUAGAUUCAAUUAUUUUAUCUGGUAUACAAUUAUUUAAUGAAAAACCUAAAAAAGGUAUUGAAUACUUCUUUCAACAUAAAUUAUUAGAGAAAACACCUCCUUCAGUUUCAGAAUUUUUACAUGAAUGUCCACUAUUAGAUAAAAAAUCAAUUGGUGAUUAUUUAGGUGAUGCUGAACCAUUUUGUAUAUUAGUAUUAGAAUCAUUAAUUUCAAGAUUUAAUUUUAAAGAUUUAGAUUUUGAUAUGAGUUUAAGACAAUUAUUGUAUUCAUUUAGAUUACCAGGAGAAGCACAAAAGAUUGAUAGAGUUGUACAAAGAUUUGCAAAUCAAUAUCAUAAGGAUAAUAAGGAGGGAGGAUUUAUAGAGGAUCCAGAUACAGUGUAUACAUUAGCAUUUGCAAUCAUUUUAUUAAAUACCGAUUUACACAAUGCAAAUGUAAAACCAACGAUGACCAAAGCGAAAUUUGUUAAAUCAUUAUCGAAAAUCAACAGUGGCAAAGAUUUACCAUCAGAGUUUUUAGAGGAUAUGUUUGAUAGAAUACUGGUUGACGAGAUUAAAUUGAACCCUUCGAGCACUCUAUUUCCAUACGCUGUGAAAAAGGGUUGGCUAAAUAUUAGGGUAAAAGGAAAGGUAACCGAUAAAUGGAGUAGAAAGUGGUGUGUACUCUCUGAUGGCACAUUAUACUUUUUCAGAAAACCAACCGAUCCUUCACCAGUGCGUUAUCUCAGACCAGACACGGUCAUCACUUCAAAGAAGGAGAUCAAGGGCAGAAAGAACUGCUUCAUGUUGAACCAUUCCUCUCCACCCAUCACUUUGGAAUCCUUGAUAAAGUCAACUCAAAAGAAUAAAUCUCAAAUGUUUAAUCCACAGUCGUUACUACAGCAAUUGGCUUUGUUUGGCAAGGAGAAGGAGAAGAAAGUCUAUUUUUGGGACUCGGCAGUCGAGAAAUUCUAUGGCGAGCAGCAACAGCCCCAAUUGGACAUUCAAGACAUUCUAGACACUGAUUCCGUAAGUUCGAUCGAUACUCUCUCUGAAACUUCCUCAACUACAAACUAUUUCGAUGAUGAAUAUCUUUCACCUCCAACCUCUUCCUCUGUCUCUACAAAUAGUUCAACCAAUAGUACCACCUCACCAACACUAUUCGAUCAACAAUCUUUUGAUCAAAAUAAAAAAGGUUUCUUACGUUCAAAGAAUGGUCAAAUAGUUGAGUGUGAAGGUAAAAUGUAUAAAAAUGGUACUCAAACCCUAUCAAGACCACCACCAAAUAAAAAUACAGUUCAUUAUAAUCCAAAUUUUAAUACAAUUCAUCCUAUACCACAAUCUGGUUCAAGUACAAAUAGUUAUAAUAAUAAUAAUAAUAAUAAUAACAAUAAUAAUAAUAAUAAUAAUAAUAAUAAUAAUAAUACAAAUUCAAAUGCAAAUACAACAACUACUACCACUACAACUACUACUACAACAACCACCAAUACUGGUAAUUCUAAUAAUACCUCUGCUGUAAAUCAUUCAUUAACUCAACCAAGACCAAAUUAUUUUAAAACUGUUUCUUCUUCAUCUUUAAUUCGCUCAUCAAGUAUUUCUACAUUUUCAACACCACCUUCUUCACCAAAUAAUAACAAUAACAACAACAAUAACAAUAACAAUAAUAAUAAUGUACCAUCAUCAUCUUUAACUUCAUCAAAUACAUCUGUAGCAUCAAAUAAUCAACAACAUAAUCAUUCACCAGCUGGUCCUGCAAAUUCAUCAUCAUCUUCUUCAACACCAGUACUUUCAUCAACAACUUCAUCUUCAUCAUCAUCUUCAUCAUCGUCAUCUCGUUCAAAUACACCAGUUUCACAUGAACAAAAUAAUAAUAAAUCCGAAUACGACAAAAACUAUGAAAAGAAUUUAAAUGCCUUUAUGAAACUUCAAGAGAAAAUGAUUAAAGCAUCUAAAAACACAAACACUUGUAUUUUAAAUACUGAUACUAAAAGAGAAAUGGAUUCUUGGAUAAGAUUAAUUUUACAUCAAUUCAGUAAAAAAUAA